CUGUACCCAGACAGCACGGUCGGUCUUACCGACGUCGGCAAUUGGAGGGCACCAGCGGCAAAGUGUCGGCAGGGUUUUUUUCCCCCUGCACGCCAAAUACAUCUCGUCAGUUUAGGUGGGUAAACCAUCGGCGGAAUGAGUCUAUGCCGCUCCAACAUGCAUGCGCACUCCGUAGAUCGGCAGAGGAACCGUGAGGAACCGUUUUGCCGAUCCCGCUUGUUUUUUUCUUUCUUUUUUUUUCCUUCCAAAAGUGCUUUUGGCUGCCUAUCUAGCAUCCAUCCAGCGACAAGUCGGCAUAAGGACGAAGGCAAUGUUCAGUCCCACGCACAUUCCUGAUCCUGUCCAGUGUACAGCUCCAACACAGGAAAGCCUAUAUCUUAUAGUGGCCUUCGAUGAAGGAGCGAGUGGACCGGUUGCAAGGGAAUGGUUUACAGGCAAAUAUGAUGGAGGCAUGGCUUGGUGGCCUCCAUAUAAAGACUCAUACAAAAUACUCCAAAGUGUUUUAAAGAGGACUUCACCUAACCCAUCUAAAGGAUGGAAACAGUACUCUUGUCGAGUACUACAUGAGACAAACUGCUUUGAAAGUGUCAGUAAGAGAUGGGUCCUGUCCUGCCACACCUCUGAUCUGAAUACGGACAAAGAGGAGCUGCCAGCAGUUCGUCAGCGGAAAAAACCAUCGUGACUUAGAUCAUCAUCACCAUCACCACCAUCAUCCCCUGCAUCGUGCCCUUCAUCAGACUCCCAAAAUGCACCACAAACAUCACAGGCAAAGUAGAAGAGGAAAACGCACAACAAACCUUCCAAAAAAAUCCCUCCUCCCCCUCCCCUCCUACGUAUGGCUGGAAACAACAUCAGAGCUGUGACAAACACAGAGCAACCUUCUGUAGCCCACCCAAGUUUCCAUCAAAGGAGCAAGCCUAUGUCACUGAGAAGAAAGCUGGCCCACCCUCCCACCUCUCGUUUAACUCCUCCAGCCCAUCCCACAUCAUCGUAUAGUGAAAAGACGGCAGUUAAUACUCAAGAAGAGGUGCCGGGACUGGAGGACUGGAGGACUGAAGACUUUCCUGACUUGACACCAGAUAAUAACGAAGGACUGUUGCAGCAGCCUCCACGCCACCCUCUUCCAGAGCUCCUUCAAAGGACUAACGAUAUGAUUACAUCAGUGAAUGAGGACCUUCUUACUGAAUUGACAACUGUUAAUUGGCAGCAGGAAGCUGAAUAUGAAGGGUUGGGCUCUCCUGAACUGUCCCCUCCAUCCUGUCCAGACCUUCCACAUAGGAUCCCUCAAAUGUCCCCUCUAUCCCGUCCAGACCCUCCACAUAGGAUCCCUCAAAAUUUCCCAGAUCAGCUCCUGCUGGAUGCACAGCUGUUGAAAGGCUCCUUUUGGAGCAGGUCGGAGAACUGCAGCUCAAAAUGGAUUACGUCAUCAAACUACUGCAAAAAAAUAAUUCAGUUCCACAUGACGACUUCAAUUUGAACAUGCUACCGCUGCUUACCCUGCAAGACCUGGAAAAUUUUGAUGAAAAGCUUCAGACCGAUAGUACCUUUAAGAAGAAAGUGAUAACUAAACUGUCAUUGUCUGGUGGAAAGAAUCUAAAAGAAACAGUCUGGAGAAUCUGUACAAAGAUAUUUCAUCAGCGUCUUUCAACCCAGCUGAACUGGUGUGGUAGGGGACAGAAGACAGGCCUUAAAUCAAGGCCUAUUCAUCAUGUACUCCUGAGUGCUGUGUUAAAAGAUCCUGCCCAACAAAACUCCACUGAGGCUGAUGUCGAAUUGACAGUGAGAAACUGGCUGCGGCUGAGCAGGGACAGGAAUGGGGGGCGGCAAAGGCGAGGCGAGCAAAAUAAUUGACUGGACUGAACUGACUAACUGACUGACUAUUUUUCUUUUGAUCUGACUGACUAUUUUCUUUUAAACUGACUGACUAUUUUGGAGGGAGUUUCUUCCCGUGAGGACACUGGGUUACAGUGGCCCUCACAACCCACCCCGAUCCCCCCUUCCCGUGAGGAUGGACACUGGUUUUCAGCGGCCCUCACAACCCACCCCCAUCCCCCCUUCCCGUGAGGAUGGACACUGGUUUUCAGCGGCCCUCACAACCCCACACCACCACCCCACCCCUUUCUAGUGUACAUAUUGUAUGUAGUUCUCUGCAAACCUAUGGUGGCAUCAUGCCUUCAGUGUGUCUUGAACAACCACAUAUAAAAGGUUGCACAUAUUAUAUUGAUAUUUUAUCGUAUUUGACUGUAUAUUUAUGAGUGAAGUUACCAACACAAUAAAUUGGCCGUAACACACUCACCCAUUUUAGAAUCACAUUCCCUCUCUCUGUCUCUCUCUCUCACUCACAAACACACAUACAGACACAGGGAGAGAAUGUUAACUUGUGUCUUUAUUAUUUUGUCAGAAUGCAUCAGAGUGCUUCGUUUGUAUGUGAAAAUCACAAAAAAUUCACCAGCUGCCACUGAUCAUGAGUUAUAGUAAUACUAACCCACUCUAUUUCUCUCUUUCUUCCCCUCUUAACCUCAAGGAUGUUUAGACAUUGAUUUAGUUAAGUUAAAUCACAAAAACAAACAAACAAAAAAAAAAAAACGAGCAACCACCCCCAUGUGUGAGUGUGUUAAAAUAAAUGUUUUGAUACUACUUUUGCAAAAACGAAGUAAAAAUAAAUAUUCACGGUCA